CGGUGACACUGCUUAAUCGAAAGGGGAGUUGUUUGGGGGAGAUUAAAGAAGACAAAAAGGGGUGAAAAUAAAGCUUAGAGCAAUACGGGACUUUAAUUCGUUAUUUAGAAAUAAAACAAAGAGAGCUAAAUAUCUGACAAUGCCAGGGAUGAUGGGAAGAGGGUCUGAAUACCUGGGCAAAGGACGUUCAAACGGGACGAAGAGCCCCUCUAACGCCUCGAAUGGACAUUUUUCUGAUGAGAGUGGCAGUGACGACGAGCAUGAUGUUGGAAUGCGAGUGGGGUCAGAGUAUCAAGCUAGUAUUCCUGAAUUCGAAUUCGGUGCCACAAAAUAUAGCGACAAAGACGGAGGGGGCAUGCUUGUCUGGUCUCCCGUCCAUACCAUUGUUGACACAAAAUUGGAUGAAUACAUUGCUAUCGCCAAAGAAAAACAUGGGUACAACGUUGAGCAGGCUCUGGGCAUGCUGUUCUGGCACAAGCACAAUAUUGAGAAGUCCCUGGCUGACCUGCCCAACUUCACCCCAUUCCCUGAUGACUGGACCAUGGAGGACAAGGUUCUCUUUGAGCAGGCCUUCAGUUUCCACGGGAAGAGCUUCCACAGGAUUCAGCAAAUGCUACCAGACAAACCAAUAUCUAGUCUGGUGAAAUACUACUACUCUUGGAAAAAGACACGGUCCAGAACAAGCCUGAUGGAUCGUCAGGCAAGAAAACUGGCAAACAGAAACAACCAGGACGAAAGUGAUGAAGACAUGGAAGAGGCUAUUCCUCUGGAGCCAAACGACAGUGAUUAUGACCCAACCAAGGAGAACAAAAAGGAGACUCGGGCCGAGCCGCCCGCCCAGCCCACUAAAAUCGGACUGGGCCGUCGAGAGUACCAGACCCUGCCGCACCGCCACCACUCCCAGCGCUCCAAGUGCCGUCCCCCCAAGGGCAUGUACCUCAGCCAGGAGGACGUGCUCGCCGUCUCCUGCAGCGCCAGCGCCCCGAACACUGUUCUCAAACACCUGGACAUGGAGCUAGUGUCACUCAAACGACAGGUUCAAAAUGCCAAACAAGUUAACAGUGGUCUGAAACAGAAGAUGGAAGCAGGUAUAGAUGACUUGAGGCUGCCAGAGUGCAACCAGAAGAUUAAUGCCCGCUGGACAACAGAUGAACAGCUUCUUGCAGUACAAGGUGUUCGGAAGUAUGGGAAAGACUUCCAAGCUAUUGCCGACGUUAUCGGUAAUAAGACCGUAGGUCAGGUAAAAAACUUCUUUGUGAACUACCGUCGUCGCUUUAACUUGGAGGAGGUGCUGCAGGAGUGGGAGGCGGAGCAGGGGACAGGAUCCCUUGGAGGUGACAGCGCCCCCUCUGGGGAGGAGGGGAAGAACAGGUCCAACACUCCGUCAGGGAAGAGUACCGACGAGGAGGAGGAUGAGGGCCAGAUGACCCCUCCAUCAGGCCCCUCCUCCUCGGCCCAGGCUCCGCCCACCCAGCCACCCGCAAGCGGCGGGGCCCCUCCCAACCUGCCCCCCCCUCUGCUGCGGCCGCCUCUCCCCGCCACGCCCGCCCUGCACCGCCAGCCCCCUCCUCUGCAGCAGCAGGCCCGCUUCCUGCAGCCCCGGCCCGCUCCGAACCAGCCCCCGCCUCCCCUCAUCCGCCCCUCCAACCCCCUGCCCCCCCGCCUCAACCCCCGCCCGGCCAUGCCCUUCUCCAGCGGUCCCCUGCCCCCCACGCUGAUCGGAGCGCAGGGCCGACCCCCGUCCCCCUCGAUUCUGUGAGAGGGGCCGUGUCCGACAACCCUUUCUGCUUCUGAGUGAUGUAUUUAUGAUAAGUUAUUAGGUAAUGCUUUAUCUGAAGGUCAUAUACAUAGGGCAUUAUUGAUAUGAACAUUAAACCUGACAUAAAUAUAUAUAACCAUUCAUAAAUGUCUGGUGUCACUUGGGGUCAACUAUCAGGUACGGUCAUUGGGUCAUUGUGUCACUUUUGAUGUCAGUUUGACAGUGAAUGUGACAUAACGACCCUCAAUGACAGUUGACACCAAGUGGAACAGACGUUUAUGAAUGGUUAUGUAUAUUUAUGUAGGUGUCAUGUAAGCAUUAUGCAUAUGGCCUUCAAAUAAAGUGCGACCAAUUAGUAACAUAUUCAGUAACUUAAAUAUUUCCUAACCUUGAAAUGAAAGCUGUUGGCUUUACCUCACUCUUGUUUUUGUAAAUUUGUAUUUGUCUGUCCGCAGUGCAGAAUUUAUGGGUUAUUUGUCCUCAGUUUUUAUUUUUAUUUUUAUUUGAAGAAUGUGUCUAAUACUCUUAUGUUGUCAUGGGAUUUGACUAAACUGUUAGGUAUAGACUUUUAUAAGGUUCUUGAAGUGAUUAUCGCAUUCAACAUGACAUGACAGUUACAGCACUGUGAAAUGGAUAUGUCCAGAUCAACAGUAAAAAGACAGAAUCGAGCUGCAUGCAUUUAUAGUAUAGGCAUUCGUGUGAGUGUGCCAGCAGAAUAUUCAUUUUUGAUGUAGAUUUUAUUUACUGGAGGACUCAUUUCUUUAAAAUAAAAUGGAAUAGUUAUUUAUCUUGUACAUACAAACAGUAUUUUUCUAUAAGACGUGUGGACUCCAAUAGUGUCACCAUAAAAGUGCUCUUAAAACAUAUUUUAAAACAUCCGUUAUUGUUGAGCUGCCUUUUAUUUAUUUUUAUUGCAUUGAAUGAGAACUACUUUGCUUUUGGAUUGUUGAUAGUGGAAAACUUACUUGUAAUAUUACGAGACGGUAUUGUUAGCCAUUCGAUGGUGUUUUGGUGGUUAUUGUUACCUCUGUUAUUACAAGAGAAUGAUGUUGUUGAAAUAGGCUUUGCAUUGCGUCUGUUUCCUGGUGCUUUGAAUCUUUUACGGCCAUUUUGUUUAAUCCAGCCUUGGGGUAGGAUAUAUACAAGAACUUCCAGAAUCUUUUUUAAUAUGUCAGUAAAGAGCAACUGAUUUGUGGAAAGCUUGAGGUUAUUGUGAAAGGGUGUGGACAAUUGAGACUGCUGCUCCUUUUUCCUGAAAAGGUGGUGCUGUGGAAACUAGCCUUUUUGUUAUUUGGAUUUUGUACAUUAUCAGAGUUCUGCAUCAACAGCUUUUAUAUUACUUGGAAUGUUUGUUUUUUUCCUUGUAGUGAUUGUAAGAUAUUCAUUUCUUAAAUUGUAUUCAUCUGUAUUUUGUGGACAAAAUCUUAAACCAUUUGUCUUUAGUCAUCCUGUUGAAACAGAAAUUAAUCAUUGUAAUUGUAUCACUUUUAUGUCUUUUAAAUUCAAACUUUUGGUUACUUGAAAAACAGAAAGAAUAAUGUUUUCUACUUUAAAAACGUUUCCUUGUUGUACAUAGAUUAAGUAUCCACUUUUCAAUAUUCACACACACACACACACACACACACACACACACACAUACAUACAUACAUACACAGCCCAUCUCCUGAGAUUUAUUGUGAAUUCCCAAAGAUGAAAGAAAGCUGCCUCCCAUAGAUAAGUCACACCUGGAGGAGUGUAGUUUGGCCAUGUUGGAACAUGUUGUACCAGUGUUUUGUACUGUGAUUAUUUGUGACAUUACUGUAAUAGAUCUUGAAGGUUUAAAUACAUGUAAUUCAAAUCCUAUUGUGCUUCUUAGUGGUUCUCACUACCCCAUGAUUUUAGGCCCAGAAACUUUUCCCUACAGAGAUACAAUGCAUCGUUUGGUUUUCCCUUGUCAGCUUGUUCAUUCGUUCAAAAAAAGACGUGCUGCAAUUGUGUUGUAUACAGCACUUUUCUUGAAAAAGUAUCCAUCAUUCAUCAGAAAAGUAUUGUGCAGUGGAUGGUUAUAUACAGAUAUGCUGGCGAUGGUUCUGUUAUGUGUUGGUUUUCAUAACAAAACAUUAAACUAAAGAGUUUUUACCUCA